AUGGCCGGUUCCACCCCAGCAAAUGAGAACGAGCAGGGGCCAUUUACUGAGACAAAAGAAGAGACGGUAGGGAGUACACCGUCACCAAAUCAACCACCUUACUCAGCGUUUUCCCCAGCCAGGAAGAAUUUCAUCCUUUCGAUAGUCGUUGCGAAGGGUUUCAUAGCCCCCGUUUCAGCGGGCAUCUAUAUGCCCUUGCUUCCCGUCCUGACAGAAGACCUAAACGUUUCUCUUACACUUGUCAACCUUACGGUGACAGUGUUUAUGAUUACUUUCGCAGUGGCGCCCUUACUCUUUGCAAGUAUCUCGGACUCAAGAGGCCGGAAGCCUGUGUUUGCUCUCGGUUUGUUAAUCGGUACUGCAACAAAUAUUGCUCUCGCAUCAGCACCAGCGAACUAUGCAUCCUUCAUGGUAUUGCGUGUGCUCCAGGCAUUUGGGGGCUCUGCCAUGUACAGCCCCGGGGUGGGAACUGUCGCAGAUAUCUUUGAACCAAAGCAGCGUGGUCGAGCUAUUUCAUUUUAUAGCCUUGGGCCGCAACUGGGGCCAAUUCUCGGUCCACUAAUUGGAGGCGUCAUUGCGCAGAGAUCUACUUGGAGAUGGACAUUUGCGUUUCUGGCUAUAUUUGGAGGAUUUUGUCUCCUGGUGUCUCUAUUCCUUCUCCCAGAGACAUUGAGGUCUAGGGUUGGAAACGGAGCCAUUCACUGUGGGAAGUCGUGGGUCCAAUGGCCAACUUUCAGUGCAAAAGUUGACCUUAAGCCUGAGGAAAUUAUUACCCAGCGACCAAGGGGACGCAACAUACUUCUCUUCAUGAGGCAUCCUAUCGUAAUGCUUUCCUGUAUUAAUGUUUCCAUCGUUUUCGGGAGCUAUUACUGCCUUUCAGUUGCUUUCCCAGCGGCCCUGAAGGAGCGAUAUGGUUUCAACCCUGCAGAAAUCGGUGUCGCGUAUCUCGCACCAGGGCUGAGUAUGAUAUGUGGAUCAGUCAGUUGUGGUCACUUGAGUGACUGGGCCCACAGGAAACACCUUGAAAAGACAGGGGGAGAAACGCCAGCACCCGAGCGAAGGCUCCGCCUUCAGUUUAUAGGAACCGCACUGUUUCCGAUCGGAGUUCUAAUAUAUGGAUGGUUGGCAAACUUUAACAUUGGCGUCUCUGGCGUAAUCAUUGCAAUGGCCAUCUGUGGGUUUGCAUUUUCGUGGACGCUUACAACAAACACCACAUAUGUAACGCUUGUCCAGCCCGGGCAGGCAGCUACGCUGGUGGCAUUGAGUUCACUCCUGCGCAACCCAGCAGCUGCGAUUGGGGCGGCUGUAACUGACCCAAUGAUUAGGGCUGAGGGGUUUGGAUGGUGCUUCACAGGAAUCGCAAUUUUUGACCUCUUGAGCACCGGCAUUGCACUGCUGAGCCUGGCAAAGGGACCUGCCUGGAGGGAACACUUUGAGCAGAAGUAUAAAAGUUCGCUAGUUCGAUAG